UAUAGUUUGUUAACAAGAAAUGUGUGGAGUGGUUGAAAAACUAGUUUUAAUGACUCCAACCUAAGUGUAUGUAAACUUCCGACUUCAACUGUAGCCUCACACAAGUAGCACACACAAGUAGCACCCACAAGUAGCACCUCCAAUAAAUUAAUUAUGAGACCAAUUCCCACAGGAACAAUUAUUGAAAAAUUAUGUUCAAACAGUUUCUGGGGAAAAUGUGAAUGCUGUUUCUCAACAGGAAACGUGUAAAUGGUGGCAGGCUUGUGAAAGAAAGAAAACGAUGGUGUCAAGAAUAUCACAGGAGACCCUAAAAUCACACCGUGGCUUUGUCCUACAGAUACACCAUAGAGACAAUCAGUCAUUUACAGUUGCCACAGCGAUAGAGCGACAUUUAGCUAAAAAUACUAUACGUGAGUACAGGAGCGAGGUGAAAUACAGGUCAAAGUGUUUAUGAUUCCUGUGAUCUGAAAUAUAAUUUGAUUCAGCAGUAGAGCACAAAACAAUUAUGUUAUAACCAAGGGAGAAAGGGGACCGAAGCUAGGCCUUAUUAUUAAUGAAGAGAGCUGCACUCAAGUCUCUAUUUAAAGCAGGUAACAGAGUGCCUCUUGUGGAAGGUCUAUUGAAGUCAGACCUGUAUCUGAUUGAUGAAGAGCCAGGGCCAGGAUGAGACGUGCUGCCUGCUGUUAGUAUGUCUCCUCCUCAAGCAGUUAUACCCUCAGAUCUCGCUGACAUUUUCUAUCAACAAACUGACACAUAGAAAAUGUAUCUUCAGAAAGGAGAACAGGUGAGAAAUGGAAGGAUCUCAAUGUCAUAAUGUAGAUGUUGUGUCAGAAAGGCCAGGACAUGUUACAUUUGGCAUAGUUGGUCAGGUUUUUGUGAGCGUGAGAAACAAAUCCAUACGAUUCAUUUGUUGGGGUUGUAUAACACUCUUGUCAACACUUGAGCCAGAACAGACAGCAUAGCUGAUAAUUGACAGGGAAUCCAGAGCGCCAAUGACAAUGAACUGUGGCUAUUAAAUGUGGCACGGGGAGAAAGCCCUCCUUAUAUGGGAUUAAAACUCCUCUCAGGCUUCCCGUUCAAAGCAGGGCCCAUGUUGGCUCUCAUUAUAGCAGUUCACAGAACUCCAUUAGGCUGUAGCAGGAACAGAGAAGGGCCCAGUUGGUGCCCACGGCCACAUUCACAACGGCCAUUCAACGGAAUCUCAGAAUGACAAUGGGGGAUUACUCUGGAGGAUAUGAAAACUCCAUCCAAGGGUAAGGCUGAAAAGUAUAGCUCCCGACCCCUCGCUCUUAGUUUGCUCCAUUCCAGGAAGAGCUGGAAAGGUCAACUUGCCACUGCAUAGAAAAGUGAGGACAGCGCCUUCAUCUGGAUAAGGCAUUUAGAUGGACCUGGAUAGGACCUGGAUAGGGUCGAGUCGGCCGACUACCAAGUGGAUAUCAAAAAUGUAAGUUCAAGUGCUGUGUGGCGGCAAUGCAAAUGUGAUAUACCUGAGUCACGGCAUACUCUAGCCUUCUAAAUGGUUUAGCAGACCACUGUAAGCAAAGAGACCACGCUCACAUGUCACAUAGGUAACUAAUAGCAACACGAUAGAAACACACAUUUGGAGGAGCAAGUUUAUCUACUAAGCUUAGAUGCAGUAUCACUGCACUGCUCUCAAGAAGCCAUAAUGAUCAUUGUUAUCUUUCUAACAGAAGUUAAGUGACAGUGUGUAUGAUGGCCCUGAGAGAGAGGGGUGGCACUGGAAUGGUGCGGUCUUUCUGUAAAUGUCCAGUAUUAAAGAUUCACACAACAGUGUAAAUUAUUGAGUGAGUGUCUGUGGCCUGUCGAGCAGAUCAGGUUUCUCUCAGUUUGAUCUUUGGGGGGGGGGUUGGUAUUUUCGCGUUCCUGACUAACAGCACGCUUCAUUUUGGUAGACUGAGUAAGCAAAGCCCCACUUCUGAGCUCGGGAACUACUGAGACAUAGAGCUGAGUAAUAUGGGGAAAGAGAUCUAGGCUGAUACAAGGUUUUGUUGGAAUCAGCAGUUGUAGGUGUCUCUCUCCAGGACCAACACUUGUCGUGGGAUACCAUCAUGUCCGAGCUGAUUUAUAACUGGGACACCUGGUUAAGUGUCCUUUAUCAGAACGAUGACAGCAGGAUAAGAGUUACGAGCCAAGAUGUAAUGACCCUGCAGGCCUCCGUGGCGGAAUUUCUCACUCCUGUUCUGUAACCUUUGGAGACCCCUUUGUGGCCAUAAUCACGUUUGCCUUAUGGUAGAGGUUUAUGUCAUGCCAAAGAUAGAUGUCCCUACAUUCGAGUGUAUUGGCACAAGGUAACCCCCCUACAGCCUAAAGAGGAAUCUUCUGUGCUCGGUUUCAGAUCCCGUUUGCACCAUGCCUCUGAGAGACUCAGUCACCCCGCUGCUCUGGAGUUGCUGUGUACUAAUGCUCAUCCACCAAUGCGAGGCUCAAGCUCUAAACUGCACGUGUAAUGUGACCAAUAGUCGGUGUGACGAGAAUGCGGUGUGCAGGUGUGACCCGGGUUGGGAGGGGCAGCAGUGCAACGUCUGUGUGAGAAUGCCAGGCUGUGUCCAUGGAUCAUGUCAUCAACCCUGGCAAUGCACCUGCGAGCCUGGAUGGGCAGGGCGCUUCUGCGACAAAGAUGUCCAUGUGUGUACAAAUGAGGCACCUUGUCAGAACGGUGCCACUUGUUACGUCAACGUUUCAGGGGAAUACUCCUGCCUCUGCCCCGAGGGAUUUCACGGGAGGAACUGCGAGCACAAGACAGGACCCUGUCAUAAAACCGGCAGGUCUUCGUGUAAGAAUGGCGGGCAGUGUGAGGACAGUGGCGGUUAUGCUCCAGAGCUCUCCUGCCGCUGCCUGGCAGGCUUCACCGGGCCACGUUGCGAGAACAACAUGGACGACUGCCUGAUGCGCCCCUGUGGUAACGGUGCCACCUGCCUGGAUGGCAUCAACCGCUUCUCCUGCCUCUGUCCCGAGGGCUUCACGGGCCGGUUCUGCACCGUCAACCUGGAUGACUGUGCCAGCCAACCUUGCCUUAAUGGAGGGCGCUGUCUGGACCGUGCCAGCACCUUCCACUGCCUCUGCAAGCCUGGGUUCACUGGCAGGACCUGCGAGGUGCCCUUAAGGAGCCCAGAGAGCCAAGCGCCCAUCAGCAGCUCCCAUGACUGGGCUGGGGGAGGUGGGGGCUUGGGAAGGGUAACUCAGUCCAGGCCAGACCAGGACAUCACGAGGAGGGACAAUAAUAGUGGAGACAGGCUGCUUAAGAUCUCUGUGAAGGAGGUUGUGACCCAGUGGGGGUCAUCUGGCCUAUCAGAGGUGCAGCUCAUCACCCUCCUGGUGCUGGGGGGCAUGACACUUGCCGUGGUGGUGCUCACAGCUGGCCUGGUGCUGAGGGGACAUUGGCAGGACCACUGUGCAAGCUGCAGGUGCGGCCCAACCCCCCACCUGCACCCGCUGAAACACCGAGACCGCCAGCCACCCCCGCAGAGCCACCUAGUCACAGUGGAGCAGGAGUGUAAGAUCAGCUUCCUGCACACGCCCACAGCCCCAGAACUGGAGAAGAAGAAACUGAACACUGAGGUGAUUUAGGUUAUGUUUACUACCUCCACAGCCCUGAACACAGGACACAGACUGCUCUCAGCAGAGGGAAAGCCAUGCUUUUAUCCCAGCCCUGCCUCCAUGACUGAUUUUCUUCAGUACUGACAGUCAAAAUAAAGAUAACAUACCGACCUAGGUAUCGAAACCUAAAGAGACGCAGGACCAAGAAGGGACCAGUGGGUCUGUUCAAGGGUAAAGGAGUGUCAAACACAUUCUCUUAACAAAAGGAGCGUAGUCCUAAUAUUAUGGAUUAUUUGUUGACCAGAGGGGUAAAGCGGAGGUACAUCAUGAGAAAUAUACUCAAGUCCUUUGGUUACUUGUCACGGACAACCAAUGUGUAAUUUGUCCGUCCACAAAAUCAGAUGAUUUGAUUUCUUGGCAUGAACUGCAUGUAAGACAGGCCUACUGACAGACAGCUUUGGAAUGCAAGCCGAGACAAUGCCCUUGUUAUGUCAACCUAAUUGGUGUACUGGUAUUUGUCACUGCUGUUCUCGUCACGAUAUUAGGCCAAAAUGUUAGACAUGAAUGAAUCUACCCAUAUUUUUCCAAAUGGGCUCUGACCUCGGAAAACAAGCUCUGCAGUGAGCCGAAUUCAGACAUGCAGACAAAUGAUUGCCUGAAUUCAUGUUGUUUUAACAGUGUACUUUUAAUACCAGACUCAAGAUCUGCAACACCUCAACACCUACUUCAUUUAAGUAACUGUCCAGUGUUUCCAGAUUUCUAUGAAAUAUGACCUAUAAUUAAUUACAAUAUGAGUAAAAUAGUUUUCCUUCCAAAAAAGUGUAAUUAUGUAUGUAAAAAAUCUGCUUUUCUGUGUUGGAAUGGUGUGGACGUACCCCAUAGAGUUAGAUAGAGGCACGGGCAUUGCCAUUUAGGGCUUUCAACAUUUUAAGGUAGUCAACAGGGUUGUACUUUCUAUGGGUUACGGAAGGAUGACAUGAUUCCAUCCAGGUCAUCAGGAGGGAUCAGCCAAUGAAUUAUACUUGUGAGAAAACACUAGGUGGCCCUAUGUACCUUUUCAGUUUGUUUGCCAACUCAUAGAAGUAGUAGAAGAAGAAUAUUGACUACUUCAAAAUAAAGAUGGCCUUAAUGGCGCUGCCUGUACGCUCACAGAUGCCAUCAUGGGAUAUACACUGAGUGUACAAAAUAUUAGGAACAGAUCUACCGGGUGGCGCACUGGUCUAGGGCACUGCCUUGCAGUGCUAGCUGUGCCACCAGAGUCUCUGGGUUCGUGCCCAGGCUCUGUCGCAGCCGGCCGCGGCAGGGGGGCGACGCACAAUUGGCCUAGCGUCGUCCGGGUUAGGGAGGGUUUGGCCGGUAGGGAUAUCCUUGUCUCAUCACACAAUAGCGACUCCUGUGGCGGGCCGGGCGCAGUGCACGCUAACCAGGUCGCCAGGUGCACAGUGUUUCCUCCGACACAUUGCGGCUGGCUUCCGGGUUGGAUGCGCGCUGUGUUAAGAAGCAGUGCGGCUUGGUUGGGUUGUGUUUCGGAGGACGCAUGGCUUUCCCGUGCGGGAGUUGUAGCGAUGAGACAAGAUAGUAACUACUAACAAUUGGAUACCACGAAAUUGGGGAGAAAAGGGGAGAAAAUAAAAAUAAAACAUUAAGAACCCCUGGCCUUUUAUUUCCAAUCAGUGUAGUUGAAGGUUAGGAGACAGGUUAAAGAAGGAUUUUGAAGCCUUGAGACAUGGAUUGUGUUUGUGCCAUACAGAGGGUGAAUGGGCGAGACAACAGAUUUAAGUGCCUUUGAACGGGGUAUGGUGCCAGGCGCACCGGUUUGAGUGUGUUUUCACGCUCAACAGUUUCCCAUGUGUAUCAAGAAUGAUCCAAAGGACAUCCAGCCAACUUGACAUAACUGAGGGAAGCAUUGGAGUCAGCAUGGGCCAGCAUCCCUGUGGAACGCUUUCGACACCUUGUAGAGUCCAUGCCCUGACAAAUGUAGGUUUUUCUGAGGGAAAGAUGUUCCUAAUGUUUUGUACACUCAGUGUAUAUAAAGAUGAUAUCUCGAUCUAUCACUGUGGACAACAACAGAAUGAAGUGAGUGUAUACCAGUCAUUAAAAAUAUUAAUGUGUAGACCGCUGAUUGGAAAACUCAUUCUUCUAUGAGGAAAUAGCAAGCAUUUUUUAAAUAUUCUGUUUGAGAUACACGUUUGAGGUGGGGACUUCAUGUUUUUUAAUUUAUUUAUGCUUUGGCCACAUGAGUAUAGAAUGAGUCAACAACAUUAUUUGGGUAUUAGUUAACAUAAUAUGAACUUUUAAGAGUGAGAUUUUCACUGGACAGUUACUUUAAAUUAUAAUUGUAUCAUUUUGUAAAAAGUAAUAUUCUGUCAACACUGAAAAUGAAUUUGUGACCUGUUUACUUUUGUAUGGUGUUUAAUAGUGAAUAACAAUAUGGAUUUGCUUAACAGUAUUCUGAAGCUGUACAUUUUAUUUAUUUUCUGUAAUUUAUUUUAGAAUGUGGUCUAUUUGCAAUGAGUCUUAUUUUUUUAUACUGAAUUGUCUGCAAUAAAGUUGUGAACUGUU